GGAAUGUGAACAAUAUGCUCGUGUGUUCAGGGUGCCAGGAUUUACCCUGGAUGGUUUAUUCAGGCCACGGGGCCUGCUCCUUUCACGCUAUACCGAGGCCAUUUCUGCGCUUUUGCUUCGCAAAUACUACCUGCUCUGUGGAGGAGUCUCUCUUUAGAAACUUGUAAUUAUCUUCGCAGAGCAUUUAAGCAACUUGAGCUGUGUAAAUACUUGCCUUAAUGUCUGUAGGAAGUGACAUCUUUGUAAGAAGGUGGCGCCAUGUUUGACUUUAUAGCCUACAAGACAGCCUGGUGUAGGCCUGUGGAAGGGAGUGUUUGGCGCCAACAACUCCGUUUAGUUCUUCUUUUUAGUAAUGGAAGCACAACAUAAAUCUCCCAGCUUGACGUUUAACUCAAUACGACAGCCACACGUUACAUUAAUGUCGGUAGAAAUGAGUAAAUCCAGAGGAAACCCCUUUAAUCAUUGUAUUCUCAACCCAAAGUGCCUCUAGUUAAAGAGUAGCAUGUAGACAUGCCAUACACCAACAUUCAUAGUUCCUUCCAAAAGUAUUCAGUCCCCUUGAAUACGCCAGCAAUGCACAAUUAUUCCAUUUAUGACUCCAAAUAAAAAUCUGAAAAGUGUGGCUUGCAUUUGUUUCCAGGCCUACUGAGCAAAUACUUUACUUCAGUGGGUUUAGUUGGGAUUUUUAUGCUACGGAACAUCACACAGUAGCCCACAAUUGUGAAGCGGAACAGUAAUUCAAAAGGUAUUGAACCAUUUAUAGAUAUUUACAGCAGCAAGUCUGGUGAGUUAUGCGUCUACCUGCUCUGUUCGUCUACAAACUGAAACAUUUGCCCCUUAUUCUCUGGAUAAUAGCUCGAACUUGAUCUCAUUGGAUGAAUAGAGGCAAUGUUUAAGCUGUUUUCUUCCAGGGCCACCCCAUAUGUAACACCGUCCGUCCAGGUAAACAUGGAGCUGGAACCACCAUGUUUACCUGUUGCGUACAGUCAUUUCAGGGCUGACGCCUACCGGUUCAAACGUAUUCCGUGAAGUUCAGUAGAGAACACCUUCUUCCAGUUGUUUACCGUUCUGCCUGUGUGGUUUGUACCAAAAUGCUAACAGGACUUUAUUAGCCAGUAGCUUUCUUCUAAUUCCCUUUCUAUUAAAAACACAAUAUUGGAGAAAACGACACCUCUUGGUUUUCAGAAACGGUUUGGAAGUCCGAUAACGUUUUACUUCUGCUUCAUAAUUAUGCACCAAUUUGUGUUGUUCUCUUUGAUGUGACACAUUAUUGUUGUAACUUCACAAAAAAAAAGAAAAUAAAUUCACAGUCUAUGAAAAUAUGUGCAUGCCAUACAUUUACGCUCAACUAUACAUUUCAUCCAUUUUCAGCACUCUGAACUGCGUUGUUGCUGAAAAAAUGCUACAUAAAUAAAACUUCUUAUCCUUAUUUUUUUUUUAUCAUUUAUGUAACAUUAAAAACAAAAAAAAAAGAUUACUGCAUGCACUUUCUCAACCCAUGACAACUGUUUUGUUAGUUUCCACUCAAGCAUGACGAAGUCACUGAGAAAUCCCCCACUUCUACCCUUCUCAGUGAGUGGGUUUUUAUCUCACGAUUCACUGAAAUUCACCGAGGUUAAGCGUUCGUCGUCGCUCUUUGGCGAAUCUCGGUGCACUCGCGAAAGAACACAAAAGUCAGAUUUUUAGCUCAGACAAAGUUGUAAAUAACUAAAAUUGAAUUUUGAGUUCAUUAAAUCCAGGGCGUGAGGGCAAACGAGGAGCUUCGCUGUGGGAAAAACGUCUGAAUGAAAUCAGUCGAAAGCCUGGGCACGUUUCCUCCGUUCCCGGUGGAAAGAGGAACUAGUUUGAUGCGUCUUCCUCCUCCUCCAGCUGCUCCUGCCGUCCUGUCCUCAUGGGGAAUGUGAGGCAUGUCCUGUCUGUUGAAAAGGCUUACUUACUGUACAGGAGGUUACUCCUUGCCUAUGAGCUUUUUGAGAACUUGUAAUGAGUCAUCCACCCAGUCUAAACACACACGCUGUUGGCUUUAUUUUUUAUAUAUAUAUUUUUUUCUUCUGUUUGGCUUUGAUUCUGCUGAAGCGUAACCAGAGUGAAGGAUGUCUGACUUGUUUUAUUUCAACCGUUCACUGGAAACGUUUUGUUCUGGACCUCACCUGAAGAAAACAGUGCCUUCCUGAACUGUUUGCACCUCUUGAAGUUUGAUGCGUUACCAUGACAACCUCGACAUAUUUUUAUGUUGCAGACCAACGCAGAAUAUAGUGGACAGAUGUGAUUCAUGGUUUUCUUUCUUUCUUUUUUUUAAAAUAGAGAUAUUUUUAAAGGGGCGACAUUCAACCGCCGUUUACUGACAAUCAUUAGUUUUAUGUGCCUCUCCUGUUGACUUGUACCGCAGUGAUGCUUCACUUUGUGUUGGUUUGUCACAUAGAAUCUUAAUGACGCAUUUACACUUUAUUUAUUUCUGUAUUUAAAGUUUAGCAGGAGUAUGCAUAUUAUCGUAAAACACAAAGUUGACUUGCGUCUUCCCUCCUGCAGAUAUGAAACAAAGAGGUUAGUUAUCAGAAGACUCCACUGGCAUGCUUUGCAGUCUGACGUUUAUGGACGUUACAGGAUGAAACGUCUCAGGUCGUCCAGCAGCAGCGACAGUUCCGACAACGAGAGUCCUUCAACCUCUUUCUGCUCCUCCCACAAAUAUGAGAGUAAAUCUGGAACCCCGGCCUCAGACCCGAAAAAACCAGCUGAAGUGUUCAGAAAAGACCUGAUCAGUGCCAUGAAGAUCCCAGAUUCCCACCACGUGUCGCCGGAGGACUACUACCUGCUGGCGGACAGCUGGAAGCAGGACUGGGAGAAGGGCGUCCAGGUGCUGGCCAGUCCGGACACCAUCCCCGAGCCGUCCGUGAGAGUCGCCACAGAGAAGUCCAAGGAAGUGCUCUACACCCACCAGAGGAAGUACAUCCAGUGUUCGGGCCAGGAAGCGAUGGAACCCGGAUACGUCAACAUCAAGGAGCUGGCGGAGGCCAUGUGCCGCUACGACCUGGACGACAUGGACCUGUACUGGCUGCACGCGCUCAACAGUGAACUGAGUCACAUGGGGGAGGUGCCCAUCGACGAGCUGAUGAUGGAGCGAGUCAUGGACGCCCUGGAGAGGCAGUGCCAUGACAACAUGAAGCACGCCAUAGAGACGGUGGAAGGCCUGGGAAUCGAGUACGACGAGGACGUGAUUUGUGACGUGUGCCGCUCCCCGGACAGCGAAGAAGGGAACGACAUGGUGUUCUGUGACAAGUGCAACAUCUGUGUGCACCAGGCCUGCUAUGGUAUAGUCAAAGUACCUGUGGGAAACUGGCUCUGCAGGACGUGCGUCCUCAGCAUCGACCCCCAGUGCCUGCUGUGCCCCAAGAAGGGCGGCGCCAUGAAGGCCACGCGCGCCGGCACCAAGUGGGCUCACGUCAGCUGCGCCCUGUGGAUACCCGAGGUGAGCAUCGCCUGUCCGGAGCGAAUGGAGCCCAUCACCAAAGUGUCCCACAUCCCGCCCAGCCGCUGGUCGCUCAUCUGCAGUCUGUGCAAACUGAAGACGGGCGCAUGCAUUCAGUGUUCGGUGAAGAACUGCACCAUCCCCUUCCACGUGACCUGCGCCUUCGAGCACAGCCUGGAGAUGAAGACCAUCCUGGACGAGGGCGACGAAGUCAAGUUCAAGUCAUUCUGCCUGAAGCACAGCAAGCCCGGCGACACCGGCCUCAGCCCAGGCCGCUCCAAAGCGCCCAGCGAGGCGGCCAAGGUGGGCCAGCGCGCGCAGAGGCUGCAGGAGCUGGAGGAGGAGUUCUACACGCUGAUCCAGCUGGGCCAGCUGGCGCAGGAGCUGGGGCUCUCCGAGCGCCCGCUGGACUUCAUCUACCAGUACUGGAAGCUGAAGAGGAAGUCCAGCUUCAACAAGCCUCUGCUGCCCCCUAAGGAGGAGGAGGAGAACCUGGUGCUGCAGCCGCAGGAGGACAGCAUCCACACGCGCAUGCGCAUGUUCAUGCACUUGCGACAGGAUUUGGAGCGGGUGAGGAAUCUGUGCUACAUGGUGAGCCGGCGGGAGAAGCUGAAGCUGCUGCAGAGUAAAGCUCAGGAGCAAAUGUUCAACCUGCAUGUCAAGCUGCUCAACCAGGAGAUGUCCACUGGUCUUCCUGCCUCCCUCCCGGUGGAGAACAUGCUGUUCCGGCCUCCUCCGAGGAUCACCCUGAAACUGAAGAUGCCCAAAGGUUCCGGUCCGGGAAACGGAAACCGCAGCUCCAAGCUGGGCAACGGGCCGCUGUGCCCGGACAACAGCGGAAAUGUCAACGAACACGCCGCGGAGGGGCUCGGCCAGGGGAAGCCCCAGCUGCACGCCCGCAAAGACGACCGACCCAACGGUCGCCUGUUGUCCUCCGGCGGCGGGCCGCCAUCCGGCAAGCCCGCCGGCAAACACCCGGCCCUGCACAUCGUGCACCACGCUCACUCUUCCAACAGCAACGGUAAACUGGACCAGGACCGAGCAUGCGCGGUGAUGUGCAACGGCGCCUUGGACAAGGCGGCGGCUCAGAAGGACGGCUCCCGCCAGACGCAAGGCACCCGGGGCGUUUCCAAGGAGGACCUGGACAAAAGUAGCUUCUGCAAGUCUGCCAUGGAGCGUUUCGGCAGAUCCUUCAAGGAGGCGACCAUUAACUUGGUACGGACGACGGAGGACCUGCGGGUCUCGGACAAACUGUCCCGAAAGAGCGCCGCCAAGGAGAAACAGUGGGCCAAACCCAUACUAGAACACAAAGCCAAAAACAGACGGCCGCACCAGGACAGCGACGGGUACUGCCCCGACCUGGAGCUGAGCGACUCCGAACCUGAGGCCAAAGGUCGGCUCGGUCAGCAGGCGGGGCUGCCGCAGCCAAACGCCCAGCGGAAGGGGAAGCACUCGGCGGGGUCCAGACACUCGGUGACGAGGUGACGCCGUCGGCGGACGCUUCCAGCUCCUCUCAUCAGGGACCAAGCCACGGCGCCGACGGCGCUGCAACAACGGGGCGCAGCGUGUCGGGUUCAGGACCUCACAUCCAGUUUGAAACGGCCAGUAUCGACUCAUCUGAGAGAGAUUUUUACAACCAACUGCAACCUUUUUUUUUUUUUUUUUUUUUUUUUUUAUAUCAUUUUUCCCGUAAGGUUUUUUGUUUUUAUGAUUUUGUUUUCCACAUCAGCUGCCUUCUCUGAAAACGAAUGCUCCACACUCGACUGGUUUAUAGUUUCUUUCCGGUGAGUAAAACACUACAUGUGUGUCUCAAAAUGGGACGAGACGCGUCUUUAUUCUAUUUUAUUUGUUUUAGUUCCCACCAACAUCCGAAGUAUCCUUCAAUAAUGAAAGUGGUGGCAGCAAAAGUAUUAUGAGGCGGCGAUCAGACCGACCGCCUCGUUUCCUGGGGACAGAUGGUCUCGUGAGCAGCCUUCGUCAUCAGAGUUGAAAUGUGAAAACGAGCUGUGAAACAACCAUCUUUACUGUUCUACGUCAUGUUUCAGUAAUAAACGUGGCGUACGUGCUUCAAA